AUGGCACCUUUAGUUGAAUCAUUAGAGCAACUUGGUUACAUAGAUGGUGAAAAUCUGUUUGGAGCUCCUUAUGAUUUUCGAUAUGGUUUAGCAAUGGCGGGUCAUCCAUCUCGAGUAGGUUCGAAAUUAAACGAGUUAAAGAGUUUGGUAGAAGAAGCAAGCAAUUCCAAUGGAGGAAAACCGGUGAUACUUGUUUCACAUAUCUUAGGAGGUUUGUAUGUUCUCGAACUCCUUAAUCAAAACCCGACUUCUUGGCGAAAAAAGUUUGUUAAACAUUUUAUAGCACUUUUUGCUCCAUGGUGUGGAACUGUUGAUGAAAUGAGUAAUUUGUGGCUUUUGCCUAAUCCUAAGAUGUUUGAUGUUGAAAAACCAUUAGUUACUACUUUGAAUAGAAGCUAUUCAGCUCAUGAUAUGGUUGAUUUUCUCAAAGAUAUUGGUUAUCCUAAAAGAGUUUACCCUUAUGAAACUUGA